GCAACGACUUGUUCAAGAGCGCGCAGUUUGAAAAGGCCAUUGGCAUUUACACGGAAGCCAUCGAGGCCUGCGAGAAGGACUCGUCGCCCGUCGCGAUCUCGUGCUACAACAACCGCGCUGCGUGCCACCAGCAGCUCAGCAACUUCUCCGCCGUCAUCCGCGACUGCUCCCACGUCCUCGAAGUUGAGCCGACGAACCAAAAGGCGCUGCUGCGCCGUGGCCUUGCGUACGAAGGCCUCGAGCGCUACCGCCUCGCGCUCCAGGACAUUCGUGCGCUCCUCGCUCUGGACCCGUCCAUCGACAUUGCCAACAAGGCCCAGCACCGGAUUGGUGCGGCCGUGCGUGCGCUCAAGGACAUGUAG